AUGGGUAUUAAUAAUCCAAUUCCUAGAAGUUUAAGGAGUGAAUCAAAAAAAGCAGCAAAAGUAUUAUCAUCAUUCAUAAAACCAAAUCAAGUUGCUGGACCAGAUCAAGUUAUUCCACCAAGAAUUUUAAAAAAUGCAAAAGGUUUAGCUGUAAUAACUGUUUUAAAAGCAGGAUUUUUAUUUUCAGGUAGAGCUGGAUCAGGAGUUAUUGUAGCAAGAUUACCAGAUGGAAGUUGGUCUGCUCCAUCAGCUAUAAUUACAGCAGGUGCAGGAAUGGGAGGUAUGAUUGGAGCUGAAUUAACUGAUUUUGUAUUUGUUUUAAAUACAAAAGCUGCAGUUGAUUCAUUUGCUCAAUUGGGUUCGGUUACUUUAGGAACUAAUGUAUCUGUAGCUGCUGGUCCAUUAGGUAGAAGUGCAGAAGCAGCUGGUACUGCUUCAUUAAAUUCUGUUUCUGCUGUAUUUGCAUAUUCAAAAACAAAAGGUUUAUAUGCUGGUAUAUCAUUAGAAGGUUCUGCAAUUAUAGAAAGAAGAGAAGCAAAUAGAAAAUUUUAUGGACAAAACUGUAAAGCAAGAAAUAUAUUGGCUGGACAAGUUGAACCUCCACCAGCUUGUGAUUCAUUAAUGAGAGUUUUAAAUUCAAGAGUAUUUAAUAAUAGAUCAUUUGAUGAAGAUGAUGAUGAUUAUUAUGAUGAUGAUUAUUAUGAUGAUAUUCCUGAUGAUUUUUCAGAUUCUACUUCUGAAUAUAGUGGAAGACGUGGAACAUAUGGGAGAAGAAGUGGUGGUGCUGCUGCUGUUGGAAGUCAUAAUAGAAGAAGAAGAAGAUAUUCAGAUGAAUAUUCUGACGAUGAUUAUUCAGAUGAAGAUGAUUAUGAUGAUGGUUAUGGAAGAAGAAGACGAAAUGAAAGAGAACGAGAAAGAGAAAGAGAAAGAGAUAGAGAAAGAGAUAAAGAUAGAAGAAUUGGAUCUGGAAGAAGUGGUAAUACAACAACUACAUCAGCAUCAAGUGCUGGUUUAUCUAAUGCAAGAACUCAAUCAUCAUGGGAAGAUGACAUAUAUGAUUCAAGUUAUAAUGUUGGAGGAGGAAGUAAAACAAGAUCAAGAGGUAAUAGUGAUGUAGAUAGAUUAAAUGCAAGAUUAGGAAAUACAAAAUUAUCACCAAGUAAAAAUGGUAAUGGACCAACAAGACCCCUUAAUUCAUCAAAACCAAAUUUUGGAGGAUCACAAAAAUCAAAUGCUUCACAAGCUAUUGCUUUAUAUACUUUUAAAGGAGAACAAGGUGGUGAUUUACCUUUUAAAAAAGGAGAUGUUAUUAAUAUUAUAAAAAGAACUGAAACUGUUGAUGAUUGGUGGACUGGUUCAAAUAAUGGUCAAACUGGUAUUUUCCCAGCUAAUUAUGUGGAAUUAAUUUAG